AUGGCCAAGGACCUGUUCCGUGAGACGUUUGGAGACGAGUUCACCAAUCGAUUGGAGAGAGUUGCUUCGGAGACGUCUGCAGCCGUCGCACAGCAUGUGACACCCCACAUCCACGCUGCCAUGGAGGCUUUGGGAGGUGUCUCUGAACGAUGCUCUCAAUCGGAGCCCGUCCGAAGCGCCGUGAGUGCUGGCUUGAAUUCUCUAGCAAAUGAGGCAGAGGCAGAAGAGAUGCGCCUGGAACGCGAAGUCUCUGCAAGGCACCGCGAGCUGCUUGCAGUCGAGAAGGAGCAGAAGGAGCAGGAAGCAGUGCGAAAGGUAGAAAGCAAGCGCUUGGCAGAUUUGGAGGUUGAGAGCAGCAGAGGUGCAGUGUCAGGGACCCUCUUGGCACUUUCAGUGUUGGCGGGCGUGGCCCUUCGUGGCUGGCUGCGACAUACGCACACUGCCUAUUGGGCCGUUGCCUGGGUACCUUACCCCUUGCUGAGCGCACUACCCAUGGCUUUGGCUGCGACUUUGGUAUCAUUCACCCGAUGCUCCCGACUCUGGAUGUUGCUCCUCAUCGCUGGAAGCCUCGUGGAGGUGACGCAGGUGCUCCAGGUGUCUUGGUUUCUGCUGAUCUUGCUCGCAGUUCUCAUAGUGCGGUGCGUGUACCAAUGGUGGCGAAUGCUUCAGAUGUGGCAAAAGCAUCAAAGCUGGAGACAUCAGGAUGAACGCGAUGCUGUACACUUGGCAGCUGAAUGGCGUAGAGCAAACCAUGCCUACAAAGGUGCUCAGCGGAUGUUGGAAGAGGCAAAGUGCAAAGCAGACAAAGCCAGGGCUGAGGUGGAAUCUGUGCAGAGGGAUGGUGCAUCCCUGGCAUAUGCUGCAAGAGCUGGGAUUCAUUUCAUUGGCAAGCUGAUGCGACGUUCCAACGAAAGAGCUUUAGAGCCAUUGCUUGGCUCACAAGAUACCGCUUGA